CGCACACAUACACACGCACACAAGUACAGUCGCAAGUGGACUCGAAACGCCAUACAAAAAUUAUCUUAAAAACUAGCGACUAGCGAAAAAGAAACACAGCACAGCAGAUCUUUUGCAGUCCAGUCCCUCUGGCGCACCGAUUCGACAGAUUCCAGCUCCUGGUCACUCGAUGUGGCAGCGACAGCAGCCGAACUGACGCGCAUCGAACCUUAACAUGAUAAAUCCAAUUGCAUCCGAGUCGGAGGCCAUCAAUUCGGCCACCUAUGUGGACAACUACAUUGAUUCCGUGGAGAAUCUGCCGGACGACGUGCAGCGGCAGCUCUCCCGCAUCAGGGACAUCGAUGUCCAGUACCGAGGGCUGAUACGCGACGUGGACCACUACUAUGACCUGUAUCUGACGCUGCAAAACUCGACCGACUCCAGUCGACGGUCGCGCAGCAUCAACCGAAUGCACCAAUGCCUCAUCCAGGCGCAGGAGCUGGGGGACGAAAAGAUGCAGAUUGUCGGCCACAUGCAGGAGAUUAUCGACGGCAAGCUGCGGCAGCUGGACACAAACCAGCAGAACCUGGACCUGAAGGAGGAGCGCGACCGCUACACGCUGCUCGACGACUGCCCGGCUACAAAGCUGCAGAGAUUACACAGCCCGAUGCAGGACCAGGCGAACACGGUGGGCGGAGGCGCCGCUAGCAGCAGUGGGUUGAAUGGAAACGGCCUGGGAGGAAGUGUGGGCGGAUUUACAGUGAAGGAUGAGUACGGACUGCCCGUGUAUGUCGGCGUCGUUGGCGUGUCUAAUCCGGGGACCAUCAUCUCUGGCAAUGGCGGUGGCUCCACACCGAACUCUGAGCGCUCCAGCCACGGUGUCAGCAACGGUGGCCACGGCUCCAAUGGUAAUUUGGGCGCCAGCGGCGGCGGCGUUGAUUUGCAGAGAGGGGGCAACAAACGCUCCCGGCGCCGCAACGAGAGCCUGGUCAACGGCAGCACCCUGGAGAUGGGUGGCAACGAAUCGAACUCAGCUAAUGAGGCUGCUGGCAGUGGCAGUGGCAACGGGGAACGCAAGGGCUCCAUGGGGAGUGCUGGGGCCAGUCAGCGCAAGGGGAACCUGCAAGGAACUUCGAGCGGUAGCCUGGCCAGUGGAUCCGCUGGAACGAGCAGCGGAGGAGGAGGAACCGGGGCUGGAGGUGGUGGUGGCGGAGGAGGAGGAGGAGGCGGCAACAAUUCGGGCAAAAAGAAGAAACGCAAGGUACGCGGCGCGGGCGCUUCGAACACAACAGCGAAUGCACGCGAGGAGACGCCGCCGCCGGAGACCAUUGAUCCGGAUGAGCCGACCUAUUGCGUCUGCAACCAGAUCUCUUUUGGCGAGAUGAUUCUCUGCGACAACGACCUGUGCCCCAUCGAGUGGUUCCACUUUUCGUGCGUGUCCCUGGUGCUGAAGCCAAAGGGCAAGUGGUUCUGUCCCAACUGCCGUGGCGAGCGACCCAAUGUGAUGAAGCCGAAGGCCCAGUUCCUCAAGGAGCUCGAGCGGUACAACAAGGAGAAGGAGGAGAAGACCUAGGAAUAGUUCGCAAGCAACCAAGCAACGCAACCCAACACCAUACCUGUACCAUUUUCCUGUGUCCAACACCAGGCGGUAGUACAGCAGUACUUGGCGCUGCGCUCUGUAUAUUAUUCGACCCUAAGAACUUACCAUAAUGUAUAUUUAGUGUUUUGAAAACCCUCCUCGAUCCCACUCGAACCUAGUUUGGUUCGAUGGCCUGGCCUUCACAUUGCUUUGUCGCACACUCACACCCAAAAAGCCGAUCAGAUCUGCCCCCUGCUUUACGGGGUCUGUUUUAGUCGUCUGUUUGAUUAAAAGUUUCUGUACAAAUUGUAACUUUCUCUAAAUAUAAAUACAUAUAUAUUUAAUGCGUACACAGAUGUAACUUACUUUGCGGCUGCUGAUAUCCACAUCUCUCGAUGGCUUCGGGGAUGCGCUCCAAGUACAAACACGCAGUAGAUGUAGAUGUCUUUACAAAUAAUUGUUUUUAAUGGUCAAAAAGCAGACUAAGGCAUUCG